UUGUGGUCCUGGGUGGCGGCGAACCUGCCUCCAUGAGGGAGGCUCGCGGUCGUGAUCUCUUACCUCUCCUGAGAUGCGCUGGUCCAUCCCAGCCCCCAGCGGAGGUCCCAGUUCUGGACCCGGAGAGAGAAGGGCAAACAAGAAUAACGCGGGGCGGGCCCUGCGUGCGGGGGUAGAAAUAGUUUUCCUGCUCUGAUAGGAAGGCUGAAGCUGGAGGAGCAGCGGGUCUCUGUGUCUUAGGAGCUGACGCGUACGGUGUGAGUGUGCGUUGUUGAGGAACACCGGCCGCUCGUAGGCACCCCGCACUGUAUGGAGUUUGGCCUGUCUCAGAUAACCAACAGCUGGGAGCGAUUAGUAAGAUAGACUAUUCAGAGAAUGGGAAGUCAGGUCAGUGAGGGGUUCGAGCUGCAUUGGAUGCACACUUUUAACCCAUUAAAGUUCUAAGACAGCCCCGUUUUGUAAAAAGAAAAAUUCUGAGGACAGAUUUGCUGCUGUGUGGCGAAGAGGCGAAGGAGGGAAAGCUAAUAAGCCACUUAAGAAGUCUCGGUAAACAGACGGGAGAUGGUAGAGGCUAGUGCUGUGGUUACUCCACGAGAACCAGAGUAGAUGUACUCAACGUAUUUUACAAAUAACUCCAGUAAUACAUGCAAGGGACUUGGAUGCGAAGAACAGAGGGAGGAAGGAAUCGAACGUGGCUUGGAUUUUUAGUUUGUGUUUAAGGUGGUGAUGCCCCUUGCUGAGACGAGGGAGGACCAAGUUGUGGGAUGGGAGUGGAGAGCCAGGCAGACAGAACCCUAGCAGGGACAUGCUGGAGAGUCCAAUCUCAUCCAAAUGGAAACGUUGUGUUGAUUUAGGAUGUGAGCAGUUGUGGGUUCAGGAGAGACAGAAAACUGAGGAUCUGGAUGGCGUGUUGGAGAAGGCCAAGAAGGCUAAUGUUAUGGCCCUUGUGGCAGUUGCUGAGCAUGCAGGAGAGUUUGAAAGGAUUAUGCAACUUUCAGAAAGGUAUGCUGGAUUCAUCCUGCCAUGUCUGGGAGUUCACCCAGUUCAAGAACUUUCACCAGAAAAAGCAAGAAGUGUGACAUUAAAGGAUUUGGAUGUAGCUUUGCCAAUUAUUGAGAAGUACAAGGAUCGGUUGUUGGCAAUUGGAGAGGUGGGGCUCGACUUCUCCCCCAGAUUUGCGGGCACUGAUGAAGAGAAGGAGGAGCAAAGACAGGUCCUGAUCAAACAGGUCCAAUUGGCCAAAAGGCUAAAUGUGCCUUUAAACGUGCACUCACGCUCAGCGGGAAGACCCACCAUCAACCUCUUACGUGAACAAGGCGCUGAACAGGUCCUGCUGCACGCAUUCGAUGGCCGGCCCUCCGUGGCCAUGGAAGGAGUAAGAGCAGGCUACUACUUCUCAAUCCCACCGUCCAUCAUAAGAAGUGGACAGAAGCAGAAACUUGUAAAGCAGCUGCCUCUAAGCUCCAUCUGCUUAGAGACAGAUUCGCCUGCUCUGGGACCAGAAAGACAGACACGGAACGAGCCCUGCAACAUUUCCAUCUCAGCAGAAUUCAUUGCCCAAGUGAAAGGGAUCUCAGUGGAAGAAGUCCGAGAAGUGACAACACAGAAUGCAUUGAAACUGUUUCCCAAGCUGCAGUACCUGCUCCAGAAAUAGCUUCAAAACCACCACUGCACGGCCAGGUCAGCUCAGGGCAGCACCGGGGAAAACGAGUUAUCCUUAAUGGUCUGGAAUGAAGAAGCCAUUUUAUAUGAACAGCAGUCAUAGUUUACAGAAACAUUUCUCUUAAAAACAAAUUCUGGGCUGCAAAGAUGGCUCAGCCACAGGAGCACUCAGUCGCUGCUCUUCCAGAGGACUCCUGCACCCACGCUGGGUGGCUUGGAACUGCCUGCAGCUCCAUCCGACUCCAGAAGAUGCAACCCCCUCUCUGGCCUCCUCUGUCACCAGCACAUACGUGGCAUACCCUACACAGACACACAUAAUAAUAAUAAAGAUAAUAAUUUCUAAAAACUCUAUUAAAAAAAGGAAGUUUGGCUUGGCUACUGAAACGCUGGAUUCCAACUGUCAAUUAGCGGAGUCCGGGGGCAGACUGGAACACACCACAGACACACUUAGCUUCUGGAGUUAUUGCCCACUUGCGGGGAGAAAGCCUCAAGAGACCCCUGGCCCUGCUUUUCCCCACUUAACAAGCUUACAGAAGAUGCUCCAGGGAUUUUUGUCUUUGAAUACUUAAUAAUUUAGUGUGUGCA